AUGUCAACAAAGAGAGAGAGGAAGCCACAUCCAUUGAAUGAACAAUCAAUCAAUAAUCUAAAGAGUCUACAACAACAGAGGCAAAUAGCAAAGCAACUGAGGCAGGAGAAAAAGCAACAGCAGGAACAAAGUCAAAGUCAACAACAAAGUCAACAGCAACAAGUAGUAGACAGACCAAUCGAUGAGACUGAUGUACAUGUACAUGUAGAUGUAGUAGACAACACCUACACAUCACCAUUAGUGACCAGUACAACAACUAGUUCAAACUCAUCAUCUUUAACAUCGUCAUCAUCAUCAGUUGCAUCAACCAACAGUCAAACAACAUCAGAUGCCGCUUGGUUGGGUACAUCAUCAGUACAUAUACUAUUCGCAAACAAUGAACCAAUGGUCGAUGAUCAACCUGUCCAGUUUAAACAAGAGAAUGUGGACAAGAUAGAGAAGGAAGAUGAGGAUGUAGACCAAGAUGAAGAUGAAGAUGAAGAUGAGGAUAUGAUACCAUCGACUCAACCUGUGACAUCACCUAUGUCACGACAAGACUCACUACUUGAGAGAUUCAAUCUCAUUCGAUUGAACUCUACUGGAAACACACCAAUCAAGGAUGUUGCUGUUCCCAAUAACAACAACAAUGACAUCAACAGCAACAAAGACAAUGACACAUCAUCAUCAUCAUCAAUGAUGGAUGACAAUGUUGCAAUCAACUUGCGACAACAACUAAUGGAAUUGGCUCGGUUUGGAUCUGAGUCACAUCAUCAAAGUCAAGGUCACUCAAACAUUGUUGAGCAGGACAUCAACAACAAUGAUACAUCGACAACAUCGACAACAACAACAACUACUACUACUUUGACAACUACAACUGAUGAGAAAGUAGAUCAAGAGCAAUCCAAUAGGGUAAUUGUAAACAACAAUCGUCGACGAAAGAAUAUACUCGACUCUGCAUUGGAUGGAGCAUAUUGGAAGUUGCCACCAACUUCAUCAAGAAGAGUGUUGGCGGUGCACAAGAAGGAGAACAUUGUCACCCCAUCAUCAUCGUCAACGCCAUCGACUACAACCUCCACUACAACGUCAAAGAAGAAGACAAAGACUAUCACUUCUACAGCCACUGGCACUUCACACUUGGUUACGACAACCCCAAAGAAGAAGAAGAAGAAGGAGGAGUCCUCCGACUCCUCACAACGGACAACAACAACACCCAAACGGCCAAGGGGUAGGCCACCUAAGAGUCGGCAUCAUGGACCUACUGCGACAAGUGCAAGGGGUACAAGUACUCUGUCGGCUGCCGCCAAGGCCCUUGCGACCGCUUCACCAGCGGCCAAGGCAUUCAAUCAAAAGAGGUUUCAACUCAAGUUCACUCUGUCACCGGCAAAGAACAAGUCCAACUCCUUCCAGGUGGUCAUGUACCCAACUCUGGCACCCUCGCUGCCGCUAAAGAGCCAACAACAACUCGAUGAAGAGAGUGGUAUAAUAGGUUCACUGGCAUUCGCCGGCGCCACGACUGUCGGCGCCACUACUGUCGGUGCCUCUACUGUCGUCGCUACUACCAGUGACAACAGUACCACCCAACCUGUGCCAGUGCCAGAACCUGUGCCCUUGUCCUUGCCUGUGCCCGUACCCAUGCCAGUGCCCAAGCUGUAUGUUGGUGGCAAGAAAUGCCUGUCCAACAGAGAGUGGCUGAGUCAGAACAACAUCAGAUCGAUACUGAACGUCACCAAAGAGAUUGGACAGCCCAAGGAGUUGGGUGAGAACACCAACUUCAUGCGUAUCAGUGUGUCCGAUUCAAUCGAUCAACCCAUCAGUCUGCACUUUGACGAGGCCGUUGACUUCAUUGACAGAGGUCUCAGUCAAUCCAUUGGUGUGAAUGAUGGUCAGCAUGCUGGAGGUAACAGUGGCAUUGGUAGUGGAAGUGACAGUGGCAGUAUUAGUGGCAGUGGUAGUGGUAGUGGCGAUGCUGGAAGUAGCAAUAAUAGCAGUGGAGAUGGCACCGACAUUGGCAGUAUCAGUGGCAGCAACAAUGGUAUCAGCAUUAGCAAUAGCAAUGGCAAUGGCAAUGGUAGUGAUAAUGGAGCCGGAGGAUGUGGCGUACUGAUACAUUGUCGCGAGGGACGCAGUAGAUCAACAUCGAUUGCAGUGGCAUAUGUGGAUUCCUUCACCAAUUGA